AAAAACCUAAGGAUUUUACGGGGUUGUUUUGCGAACAAUGAAAAAUAUUGGGGGUCAAAGUGUAAGGAUCGAAGAACCUUCAGAAACAUGUAAGCAACUAACCUUCUCGCACCCGUUUUCUAUUUUGUCUUGUCCGCGUGAUGAUCCAUCCAUCCCCUCCCCAACUGAAAAAAGAGAACAAGAGACCAAAAAAGGAAAUUUCUAAUUGUGAAAGAAAAACCAUCCAGAGAUUUUGACUGGUUUUCGUUUCAAAGGUAAGCUUGACCUCUCUUAUCGAUGCCCCGUGCUUCUUCUUCUUCAAUUUAUCUUCUGAAUUUGUUGACUCGUUAGUUACAAUAUUUUCUUUGAAAGUUUCUUUCAUCGUUUCAACCAGUUUGGCUUCUCUAGGAAAGUCCAAACUGUCUGGAUUACGCUUCGGUUUCCUUUUGUUUCCAUGCUUAAUGAUUCUUCUGAGUUUCAGGGGUUGCCUCUGUAAGUUGAAACAUGGAAAUUGAUGCUAAGGUGGUCGGCGUUUCUGUCUGGAAAAUUGUCAGAUUUUCCACGAAAACCACAUGCAGAUACGUUAGAAAAUACCCAGUUGUUUCUGGUGUUUCCACUUUUCUCUUCCUCUUGUAUGUGUUUCUUCCUGCUGUUUUCCAUUUCCUGCUCUGUUCUUCUCCAUUGAUCGCCUUUGCCGCAUUUUAUCUCCGAAAUCAUCUGAUUUUGGAUCCUCCGAAGAUCCGUGAUUCCUCAAAGGAAAAGAAAACAGACAAAGGGUCGUCAUCGCCUGUCCAAAAGGGAUCUGUUUCGGGUGAUGGUAGGAACCUGAAGGCUUAUUUGAAGCCUCAACGAAGUGUUCGACGGAAUGUCAGAAGGAAAGUGGAGGAGGUAGGAAAAGGUUGGGACUCGUUGCACGGUAGCGAGGACGAGACCGACCGGGUCAUUCUAACAACUCUCUUCGGGGAAUUACCCAGCCCGACCGCUCCAGAUUUCGAGAGAUUCAAAAAAGAUAAGACGCUACGUGAUUCAGAAGAAAGCUUGUUUAACCAUGUUGUUGACAGUUCUUCUUCUUCUUCUUCAAAGACAGAAAACGUCGUGUUGGAUUCAUCUGAGAAGGAAAUGGAGAGUUCAUCAUCAUCGGAGGAAGAAGAAGAAUCUCAUGAGGAGACAAAUAAAGCGGUUGCCUGGACAUCAGAUGAUCAGAAGAACUUGAUGGAUCUCGGGACAUCUGAGAUCGAACGUAACAAGAGGCUGGAGAAUUUGAUUGCAAGAAGGCGGGCGAGGAGAUUGUUCUUGUUGGCAGCAGAGAGAAGCCUAAGGGGCAUGAGGAUUCCUCAAAUCUGUGUUGAAAGGAACUAUUUUGACCUUGAUAAGGAAUAUUUCAACAUUGAUGAUGAACUGCAGAUUCCAGGUUCUGCACCUUCUGUGUUAUUACCGACAAGAAACCCAUUUGAUCUUCCGUAUGAUCCACAAGAAGAGAAACCGAACUUGUCGGGUGACAGUUUUCUCCAAGAGUUUGAAGCGGUUAACCAAAAGGAUAUGUUCUUCUGCCGCCAUGAGAGCUUCUGUCGUGGAGUAUUUCCAUCAGAAAAUCAACAUGGCUCCAAAUUGGAACCAUGGAGAAAGGCCAUUGAUGGACACAGAUUCUACAAGUUUAGGCCACCACAAGAUGGAGGUAACAACGAUGGUCUGGUUGAGCAGCAACAGUCAUUAACUAAAGAAAGUGAUCUUACUACAACAGAAGGAAAUAACAUAGAGUCAGGUUCUGGACAUACAAGUGAGGUUCAGACAGGAACAGGUUCUAUCAGAAAUGAUGAUUAUGAUAGUGGUCAUAUUGGAAAUUCUGCAAGCCAAACCAACAGUAAAACUUUCUGCAAAAGAAAUGGUGAUCAUAUUGGGAAUGCUCUCAUGGGUUUAGUGCCUAGAAACAACGUUUCGAGCUCAUUAGGAGCUGAAAGGCAAAGGUACAUGGAGCAUUUUGGUUACAGCACACGCACAAGUCAUAUGGUGACACAUUCUGUGGAUUCUGAUCUUCAAGUUGAGGUUUCUGAGAUUGGAUCACCUCCAACAACUGUUGAUGAGAUUGAUUACUCUGAUGAUGAUAAAUCCCCGUUUCUUUGUGAAUCAGAAGUUGGACGGGAAAUGGGAUCGUGUGGUGAGGAUACAUCUGCAAACUCUGAACCGUUGCCUGUGGAGAAAGUUGAUCCAGAUUUUACAAAGUUGACUUUAUCGUUUUCUCCAGAAAACAAUGUGACCGAAAAUUUUAAGGGUCCAUCCGAUGUUUCAGAUGCAAAUGGUAGAUCUCUGGAAGAUGACAGACCAAAACCCAGAGAAUUCCAGAGCCAAAGUACUUCUGAUAGAUCAAAUGUUACACCAUUGGAGAUUUCAGACAGAGAAUCACAGAUUGUGGAAGAGCCUAUGGCUGCUUAUCCUGAUGAAGUUGUUUCAAAUGAAAUAGAUGAAUCGCUUAAUCCUUCUGAUAAUCUGGCGGAUGAGAUAAAGAUAAGUUAUGAUUCUGAUGAAGCCAAUCCAUCUGAGAAGGCUGACCAAGAAUCUCAAGGACAAGAUGAGAACAAUGAAGAAGAUCGACCAGCUCUAGAAAUGCAAGAAGUUCUGUUAACUGAAGCUUCAGAUGUUGAAAAUGGCAAUUCAGAUGAAUCUGCACCAUCUCCAAGAUCAGUGUUACCAGAUGUGUCAUCUCUAGACCGGGCUUAUUCGCUACGUUCUGAAGAUUUGGAAAAUCUAUCGGUUGGUCAUUCGCGAACUGUAAAUGCAGCUCCAGAAUCACUGCAGAAUCAAUCAGCUGGUGGAAGAAACACUGAAGAACCAGAGAGCAGUUUCAAUUUGGAUUCUGCAGUGAAAAGUUCUGAAGAAUCUGAAGUAGCCACUGGCAUGGAUGAUAUGGAAAAGUUAUGUCAUGACAAACCAGAGUCUGCUGAGAGUAGAGAAGAACCGAAUACAGUGAAGCAUGAGAACUUCGACCCCUCUGAGCAAAGAAUGGCCAGAGAUGAAACUGAAACUAUUAGAGACGCCCAAGAAGAAUCUAAAACUGAACAAGAUCUCCAAUUUUUUGUCGAUUCAACAGCUAAAGAACUCAAAAACAAUCAAUCAACAGUUAUUGAAGAAAGGAUUGAUGCAUUGAAUCCUGAGGAUGAGGAACACACGUUGGAGGAUCGAUCUCAGUCUGGAAAAGCAGAUGAUCCAAAGGUUAUGGAGAAAUUGUACAAAGACCCAUCAAACUAUAAUAAGAGUGGUGAGGAUCAGGUUCAGUUCCAGACAAAGGGAAUCAUAGAAGCAGAGGAAUCAAAGCCGGAGAAGCAUAAGAACAUGAUAUACCUCUCUAAGCAGGUAAUUGCAGGGGAUGAAUCUGAAACUGUUGGAGACGUCCAUGAAGAGUCUAAAACUGCAGAAGAGGAUGGUAGUUCAGUUGAUCUCUCUGUCGAAGAACUACAAAAUGAUCAAAUGGUUCAAAUGGAAGAAAGGGGAAGACAAACCAUUAGAACCUUUUCCUGAAUUCUCCAGACCUGAUACAGACAAAAAACCAGAAUCUCUCAAAAUGAGCAACAGCGAGAACUAGAAUGAUCUUCGUUUCUCCGAUUAGAAGCCAAUGUGGCUGAAGAAGAUGGAUUAUUAGAUGUGAAUCACAGUCAAGAGCUGAGAAUCAAAAGCUGUAGGAAGAAAAUGAAAUCUUUGUAAAGAUCAGAACUUUGAUCUCUAGACAUUUGUUUGCUUUGGUUUUCGGAUGUGUUUUUUUGUAUAAAAUUGUUAGGCAAGCAACCAUUUACAUUUGGUUGCAGGUUCAAGGCAAACCUGUUUGAACCUGCAUAGAGGGUAAGAAACCGCUUGGUCCAAAUUUUUAAUCCUCAUCUCCUGAUUGUUUAAUCUUUGUCUGAAAUUCUUACGGACAUUGGAAAUAAAGAAUGCAAAGCAGAUUUCUA